AUGUUCGAAAGACAAGUUUCCAUACGAAUCAGACGAGAACAUCAAGGAGGCCUUCAAGUGGCUACCACCAUCAUUCUAUGCAUUUCAAUAACAUUUUUCGUGUUUGUUCUUGCAACAUUUAUCAAUGAUCGCGCCAAGAGGUUGUCUAUCGACUCUGAUGAUUUUUACAUUCCUCAGUCCUAUGUUACUUCAACUUAUGCGUCAAAUCCUGACAUCCUAUGCAACUCAUCCUCAUCAUCUGAUGUGCAUCACAGUGUCACUGAACAGAGGAUAUCUCCAAAAGAUCUCUGGCAUUCUAUGAGCGAUGAGGAGUUGAUUUGGCGCGCCUCUAUGGUGCCAGUUGUAAUUGAUCCUCCUUUCAAUUGGACACCCAAAGUUGCCUUCAUGUUCUUAAUUCGAGGAAGCUUACCACUAGCACCCCUGUGGGAGAGAUUUUUUAAGGGGCAUAACGGACUCUUCUCUAUUUAUCUUCAUACAUCCCCUGAAUUCACUGAUGAAACCCCGGAAUCAUCAGUGUUCUACAAGCGGAGGAUACCAAGCAAGCCAGUGGCAUGGGGAAAACACACGAUGAUCGACGCAGAGAGACGCCUCCUAGCAAACGCCCUCCUCGACUUCACAAACGAAAGAUUCGUGCUCCUAUCCGAAACAUGCAUCCCUCUAUUCAACUUCACCUUCAUCUACAACUACCUAAUCAACUCAAACCAUAGCUUUCUCUCUUCAUUCGACGAUCCCCGAAAAAUGGGCCGAGGCAAAUACAACAAACGAAUGUCUCCCGCCAUCACAUUAUCAGACUGGCGAAAAGGCUCUCAAUGGUUUGAAGCACAUCGAAAACUCGCCAUUCAACUGAUUUCAGACACAACAUACUACCCGAUUUUUCGGACACAUUGUCAGCGUCCAUGUUUCAUGGAUGAGCAUUAUUUUCCUACGCUAGUGAACAAAAUUUGUCCCGAAUUGACGUCGAAUGCGACCGUGACUUGGACUGAUUGGAGCAGAGGCGGCUCGCACCCUGCAUUGUUUGUUAAAAAUCAGAUAUCGAAAGAGUUUCUUGAGAAGAUAAGGCAUGGAUAUAAGUGUAGUUAUAAUGGCGAAGAGACCUCGAUUUGUUUUCUUUUUGCGAGGAAGUUUCAUGCAAACACUCUGCAGCCAUUGCUGAGCAUAGCUCCAGGCUCCAGCUUUGCUAGGGUUGAGCACUUAGCACAAAGGUUGAUGGGAAAUAUAUGA